GGCGAGGCGAAGUAGGUCUUGGCGGGAGGGUCCUGUGGUUGCUGCUGCGCCGCAGGCAUUUGCGCUCCCGAGGCGCGAUGGGCAAAGUCAAGGCGUGGCGGUGGACCGCAGUAAAAGCGGUAGUCAACCUGGCCAUCCUCUUGCUCCAGUUCGAUUUCAACAGCUGUCAGGGCCCACCACCAUUUAUAGUUUUGGGAACUGUGAGCGGGAAUGUCAGUUUGUCUCCAUCAAAUACCAAAGACUUAAUGGAGGUCACGUGGAAGAAAGGAAAGAAUAAAGUUAUCGAGUGGGAUUCAGACGGCGUCAAGUCUUACCCACCUUUUGAUGGUAGGGUUCAUUUAGGCAACGCCUCAGGGGACCUCCACAUCUCAAAUUUAACAUCAUCAGAUGAAGGCGAAUAUGAAGUCGAAAUGCUACCCUCUUUGACUGGCAUGAAAUUUAAGCUUAUAGUCUUUGACCCUCUUCCAUCUCCGACAUUACAAUGCGGCCUGGUUAAUGAAAGCAUUGAAGUCCUGUGUGGAGUCCCGGAAAGUUACAGCAGGCAUCGGGAAAAAUUAACCUACUCCUGGCAUUGCUCCUCACCGCAGUGUGGAGAAAGCACGACACCUGUGUUGCAUCUGAAGAACGAUGACCUUUCAGAGAAAGUACUCUGUUCUGCUUCAAAUACUAUGUCUAACAGGACGUCCUCGAUAGUUCUGUCCACCUGUGUCCCACCUGAUAAAUUAAGGCACAGAUAUCUACUUAUAGCCACGGUCGCAGUAGUACUAGUAGCCAUAUCCGGAUUUGUAUGCUGUUGUUGGAAACCAAGCAGAAGAGGAGAAGCAACCAUCUCCAGUUGACAGCUCCUAGAAGAUGACAUCAGACUUUCGAUCACCAUGGCUUUGAAAGCCAUGUGGCUUACCAUCAUUUAUUUUUAUACCAUAUUUUUUAAAAUAGCGAUGGACUCUGCAGAAAGACCCCCCCUCAAAUCUCUUUCUCUCUCACAUUCUCUCCCUCUCUUUUUUCCCAGACUGCCUCUCUUUUGAAAAUUUAUGUUAUGCUUUGGCCAUUGUUGGUUGGAAUGUCAUCCCAAAGGCUGCAGGUUUGACUCCUAGUCAGGGUACAUACCCAGCUUGUACGUCAGUCCAUGUGGUCGGGGUGCGUAUGAGAGCCAACCAGGUGACGCUUCUGACAUCGAUGUUUCUCUCUCUUUCCAUUCCUCUCUCUCUAAAAGUAAUGAAAACACAUCCCCUUAGGGGAGGACUUUUAAAACUUUAUUGUAUUACUUUUUAUUUAUUGAUUUUAGCGAGAGACAGGAAGGUGAGAGAAAAAGAACCGCUGUUUGUCAUUUCACUUAUUUAUACACUCAUUGCUGGCUGCUGUGUUCCCCUGGGGGGGCGGUGUGGGAGAGCGGCCCACAGCCUGGGCGUGUGGGGUGGUGCUGCAGCCGACGGACCUGCCUGCGCAGCGCUGCUGCUGCUGCUCCUGUGUCGUGUCCCACGGAACUUCGGGAAUGUGACUUGAAACCCACCAAACGUGUAUUAGUUGCUCCAUCGCCUGCGUACUUUAUAACAAAAUGUAAAUAAAUGUAAAUAUGUACAUAAA